AUGGUAGAUUCAAUCAACCGCAUUACAUCUGCUCUGGAAUCUGCCAGGGAGAUAACCCUUGAGGCAGCAGCGGUUGCGACGUCUCGCCUUGGUGAAUCGUCAUACCGGCGCUAUUCAAAGGGUCUUAGUCCUGAAGCUCUUCAUCAUCUGCUAAGUUCGAGAAACCCAAGAGAGGUCAAAGACGGAAUGAAGCGUAUAAUUUCAGUAAUGGCAUCAGGGGAAGAUACUAUUGGUCUUGAUUCAUAUUUCGCAGAUGUUGUCAAAAACGUUACAUCUGAAGACACGAAGAUCAAGAGACUCGUUGCAAUAUAUCUUUUACGUUUUGCUGAAAGUGACCCCGAUCUUGCUCUAUUGUCGAUCAAUUCCAUCCAAAAGUCUCUUUCAGAUGCUGAUCCGCAGGUAAGAAGCUUGUCUCUAAAGGUCCUUUCUGAUAUCAAGAUCCCGUCACUGUAUCCAAUCGUGUUGCAUUCGAUCAAAAAGUCGCUGACGGACUCCUCAGCCGUUGUACGUAGUACGGUUGCCACGGCGCUUCUAAAACUUUGCAGAGAACAAGGUGAAGAUUUGAGAGAUGAUGCCCUCUUGAUCCUUAAAGACUUGUUGGCAGAUGCCGAUGCGGAGGUUGUGUCAUCAGCCAUUCUUUUAUUGCAAGAAGUAUUCCCAGACAGGUUAGAAAUAUUGCAUGGCCAUUUUCGGCGCUACUGUACGCAGCUACCUCAGUUCACGGAAUGGUCCCAGGUUUCACUUAUAGAGCUAUUAACAAGAUAUUGUCGGACUUAUCUUCCCAAGCCUCUCAUAGUGGAUACCUCGGGCAAUUCAAAUUCAAUUCCACUACCUGAUGAGUAUAUUGCCAUUCCAUUUGCGGUUUAUGAAGUAGAUUUCGAUCCCGACUUGAAAAGAUUUCUGACUUCCCUGGAAAGCCUUGUUUUUUCACCUAAUGCAGCUGUGGUUGUCGCAAUUAGCAAAGCAUUCCUGCAAUUGUCUCCACCUUUAACUUUUAAGAAUUCUAAAAUAUCGCUUUCUUUGGUCAGAUUAAUUAGCUCCGGCGAAAACUCCGGACUAAGAGGGUUGAUUCUUCAAUGCAUUUUGCUAUACAGCUCCAUGGAUUCUACUCUAUUUCUGCCUUUCAUAAAGAAGUUUUACCUGCUCCCCUCUGAUGAUGUUGUCACAUCUGUAACGAAGUUGAAGAUCAUAUCUUUUCUGGUAAACAUAACUAAUGCUAACUCAGUUAUUUCAGAGUUGCAAUAUUACAUCAAGGCAGAAUCAGAUCCGCUCGUUAUUCAAGAGGCUUUGAAUACAUUGGCGGUAUGUGCCCAACUAUCUAAUGGUUUGUGCCUACGUGUUACUAAAUGGCUCUUGGCCAACAUGGGUAGCCAUACAGCAUCUUUGGUAAUGGAUGCUUAUGUUAAUGUCAUAAGAUACUUGAUACAAAAAGAACCGGCGCGCCACCUGACAACAAUGCUUAAGUUGUCGGCAAUACUAAAGGAUCAACCAGACCUCUCUGGAACUGCAAGAUCUGGAAUUAUCUGGCUUUUUGGAGAAUUUGCAGCCAUAAGGUUCGAUAUUUGUCCCGAUAUACUACGGGUUCUCAUUCCAAAUUUUUCCAGAGAGUGCAAGGACACUAGAUCUCAGAUUUUGUUGUUGGCCGCAAAACUGUUGUCGUACGAUAUUGACAAGCAUCAUAAGGAAUUCCCAGAAAUGGAAUAUGAUUUCACAAAUUCCAGAAUAUCUGAAAUGUUCCAAGCCGUCUUAUAUUUAGCGAAAUUUGAUGAUAACUUUGACAUCCGGGAUAGAGCUAGAACAUUUUCGUCGCUAUUUGAUAAAGGAAAGACGGAAAUUGCUGCACUCCUACUUCAAGCUCCGAAACCAUCGCCAAUAGCCUCAACCAUAUCUCAUUUGGUUGAGGGGACCGCUUCUUCCGAUUUGUCAUCUCUUGGCAUAGACAGUGAUUUGGAAGCCUUCUUCUACGUGCAUCCUUGGAACGUAGAUGUCAUACAGACUUCCGAUAGCGAUCCAAGAGCACCAACUCCACUGAAGGAUUAUUCGAGACUGAAAACUAGUUUCUCUUCUAAGUCAUAUUUCAAGGACUCUUUUGGAAUUGAACCAGAGACUGUUUCAGGGAGAUCCAUGACAAACACAUCUCCCAUUUCAAGCCCUUCGCCUACGUUCACAUCAUCUGGUGGAAGAAAAUAUCAGCUACAGAGUUUGGAUGAAUUUUUCUCCGAUGUUCCUGCUAAAUCUAAAAUGAAGAGGAGAGUUAUUGUUGAAGAAAGUUCUACCGAAGAUUCCGCAUCUGACUCUGAUGAUGACUCUAGUGAUGGAUCUUCCGACGACUCGGGUGAUGGGGAUUCCUCCUAUGAGGAGGAGAAUGAUGUCAGUAAUCCUCCCUCUUUCGGUGAAGAUAAAGAGUCAAAAUUGGGCUAA